AUGAAGUGUACCAAGUGCGACGAAGAGAUUGACGAAGAUGAAGACAACAUUGUCGAGGCAGUCAUCAGCUCCAUACAAAGGUGCAGCAUAUGCGCUGACCAGCUGAGCGGCUGGUACUUCGAGAAGAAUGGCGAGCUCUACUGUCGCAAGGACUACUACCACCGCUUUGGCGAGCGCUGUCGCCACUGUCAGUCUGUGAUGUCGGGACCGGUGAUGGUGGUGCACCCGGGCGUCGGCGAGGUCAAAUUUCACCCUGAAUGCUUCAAAUGCACAUCCUGUAGCUCCAUCAUUGGCGACGAUGAGUCCUACGCGUACGUCGAGCAGAGUCAGCUGUACUGCAACGGGUGCUUCUGUCCUGACGCCGACGGCACCGCCACCACCAAGGGAACCGUCUUUGACGAACAUUCUGGUCAUCAUCAUCACCACCACCACCACCACCAUCACCACCAAUCAGCUGAUGCGGCUGAGCAGACGGCCUUGCUCGACAGCAAAGAUAGCGGCCGGCGAAAGGAUCAGCUGCCACCUCGGCCUGACGGCCUGCCUCGGUGCUACACCAUCGCCGCCAGCAGUGCAAAGGAGUCCACCGUCGACAGGCAAUCACUUUCCUCAAACAGUAUUAGCAGUAUGAAGAAGCUGAACGCUCUGAGGCCUAACUCUGCCACUGCCGCAUCCAUCGCUAUCACCGCCACCACCGCCACUACUACCAGCACCACCACUGUGACUGAGGAGUGUGCUAGUGCAGGCAACGGUAGUGCUGACAUUGUCAGCAAUGGCGGCAUCACCACCACAAUGACCCCCAACUCUAAGUCAAUUGAAAAUAAUCGCCUCAAGUCCCGGUCACUGGAGAAGAGACAGCGAAAUCGCGAGCGAUCAUCAUCGCUGUCGAGGCUGCUGGAGACGAUUCGCCUGGGCUCCACCGAGUCGUCGUCGGCGUCACCGUCGACGACCUGCGACAAGGCAGUCAACGGCAGUGAGUGCAACGGUGGCCAGUCGACGUCCUCCACUCCCUCAUCCUCUUCGCCCUACCACCCCGCAAGCACUCACCAUCAGCUGACCAUGUCACACUCUCAGUCCUCCUCAUACUUUCCCACUCGGAAUGGCCUUCAACUGGGCAGUCACUACCGAGACAAGGCGGCUAGCAAUUCACUCUCACGCACCAAGAGCUUCCGCGUGGAGCCAAAGGCGUAUCGCAUCUUUCGCGCUGCAGAUCUAGUCAAGGGCGCCCUCCUCGGUCGGGGCUUUUUCGGCGAGGUCUUCGAGGUCACCGACAAGGUGACCCAGGAGAAGAUGGUGCUGAAGGAGCUGUACCACAACGAUCGCGAGGCCGAGACCAACUUUGUCCGCGAGGUGUCCAUUCUGAAGUCGCUGAGCCACAAGAACGUGCUCCAGUUUAUUGGCAUCCUCUAUCGCGGAAAGAAGCUCAACAUGAUCACCGAGUACAUCACCGGUGGUACGCUGCGGCAGCUCAUUCAGGACGAGAGUCGACCAAUCUGGUGGCCGGAGAGGCUCGUUUGGGCGCGUGACAUUGCCUCGGGCGUCAACUACCUCCACUCGAUGUCACUCAUUCACAGGGAUCUAAACUCGCAGAACUGUCUGGUGCGAGACGACGGCACAGUAGUGGUCGCUGACUUUGGUCUCUCCAAGAUCACCUCAGUCAACGGGGUCAGUGGUGGCGGCGGUGGCAGCGGAGAGGAGAACCUGUCGACGACUGCCGCCGAUUCACCCAACAACGACAACAAUCAGCAGUUGAAUGCGAGCCAGCUGGCAAAGAUGAACCGCCGUCGUGAUCGGCGAAAGCGCUACACAAUAGUGGGCAAUCCUUUCUGGAUGGCCCCCGAGAUGAUGCACCGCAACAAGUACGACGAACGGGUGGACAUUUACUCCUUUGGAAUUAUUCUGCUCGAGAUCAUUGGCUCAGUCAACGCCGAUCCCGAUGUGUUGAAGCGUAAUCGAGACUUUAGCGUCGACAGGAAGCACUUUCUGGAGAACUACGUGAAAAAGUCCUGUCCAGAGAUUUUUUGGCGCAUCGCCUUUCUCUGCACUGAAAUGAACCCAGACAUGAGACCGCCGUUCAACGUACUCGAGCGCUGGUUUCAGCUUAUUUGCAGUAGUCUGCACCACUGUCAGCACAGCCAACAGCAGAAUGAUGCAGCACCUGAACCCUUUUUAACUUUGGCGUCGGCAACUGCGACAGUCGACCAGCACAAUCAUCACCACAACCACCAACAGUGCCGUUUCAGUGGUCACAUUCCAGAGGAGAUUAUCAAUGAGGUGGCCAACUACAACAGCUGUAGUAGUAGUGGGCAGCAGCAGCUAACUAACGGUAGUCAGACGGCAGCGGCGGUUGCAGUUGCCACUCCCACGACGACGACAACCAGUAAUUCCUCCCUACUUAGCGACACUGUUGCUUAG